CGCGCUGCUGUCGGCGGCGCCGCGCUCCCUCAUGGAGCCGCUGUCCGCCGGUGUGCCGCCCGGAGGAGCCUCCUCACAGCCUCCUCUGCUGUAAACCGGAUCGGUUCGGUCCCGGUUCCGGACAGAGACCCGCGGCUCGGUCACAGCGGUCCGACCCGCAGGGAGCGGCCGCUCGGCUGAUCUGGAUCCGAUCCGCAGGGCGGAGCAGCGGUGGAAAGGAGCGACGAUCCGCCGCCGUUUGGCUGCGCUCACACCGCGGACAGCUGCUGCUCCUCCGGCCGCCUCCUCCUCACAUGUACUACACAGAUAAUACACAGAGUGUACUGCUACUGUCAGGGAGGACAGUACUCAGUGAUACAGGCAGGACAGUAAGGUACCAGAGGUCAUCGAGUCCAGACUGAUACUGCAGUAAUACUACAGUACUUUUACUUUAAAGAGUUGUAAAGUCAGUGUUUUAUUCCAGCUGAGCAACAGUGAUACUACAGAACAGGAGGAGUGUCAGUGUGAGUACUACAGCAGUACUCUGUGUGUACUCUGUGUGUACUCUGUGGUCCUCCUCUGGACUCUGGCAGAUAAUCAGAUUACUGAGCUCAGAGGAUUUUGUGAGUGGAGAUGGGGAGCACUGCAGAGAGGAGGGAGGAGGAGGAGGAGAGGAGCUGCAGGAGGAAGAAGAGGAGGCCGCUCAGACUCCACAUGCCUGAGCUGAGUCUGUUUGCGAUGCCCUUCCUGGAGGGAGAUCCAGGCCGAGCGGAGAAGGACGGCAGCAGGAAGCAGGGGGAGCCUGCGUGCCACUCUGCCAGCCCCACCAGGAGCUUCUUCCACCGGGCUCCGUUCAGCCGCCCCUCCAGCCCCCGCUCCGCCCCGGCCAGGACCUCCACCCCCAGGGUGAGUCCCAGCUCCCCAAAGACCAUCUUCCCCUACCAGACUGGACCCCCCCAGCAGGACUCACCGCCCAAGUCUCCACGCAGGCUGAGCUUCAGUGGGAUCUUCAGGUCGGCCUCCAGGGAUUCAAACCACCAACCCUCGUCCUCGCCCGUCACCAUCAAACUGUUCACACGCAACAAGAGAGACAAGGCCAGAGCCCACAGCCUCUCCUCCCCCCCUCCUCCCCCUCCUCCGCCCCCCCGUCAGGAGGAGGUGAGUGUUUUCCACCUGGAGACGUACCUGACUGAGCCGAGGCGUCCGGAGACCAGGAGGCUGCGCUCCUUCUCCUCUCCUCCUGACACCGGACAGCGCUCCUUCUCCUCCACCUCCUCAUCCUCCUGGUGCCAGCUGCCUCCUCCUCCUCUGGCCCCGCCCCUUCCUGUGUCUCCGUCUCUUCCUGUUGGGAGGCUGGUGGAGGUUGCAGACGGGAUGUCGGAGCAGCCGGACCCUGACGAGGCCGCGUCCGAGGAGUCGGAGAGAGACAUCUACAUGCGCUUCAUGAAGUGUCACAAAUGCUACGACAUCAUCCCCACCAGCUCCAAACUGGUGGUGUUCGACACCACGCUGCAGGUGAAGAAAGCUUUCUUUGCUCUGGUUGCGAAUGGAGUGAGAGCAGCUCCACUGUGGGAGAGUAAGAAGCAGAGCUUUGUAGGAAUGUUGACCAUCACAGACUUCAUCAACAUCCUGACCAGAUACUACAAGUCCCCCAUGGUUCAGAUCUACGAGCUGGAGGAGCAUAAGAUCGAGACGUGGAGAGAGCUGUACCUGCAGGAGACCUUCAAACCUCUGGUCCACAUCUCACCUGACGCCAGUAUAUUCGAGGCCGUUUACUCCCUGAUAAAGAAUAAGAUCCAUCGUCUUCCUGUCAUCGACCCGGUCAGUGGGAACGCUCUCUACAUCCUGACGCACAAGAGGAUCCUCAAGUUCCUGCAGCUCUUUGUGUGUGAGAUGCCCAUGCCGGCCUUCAUGAAGCAGACUCUGGAGGAGCUCGGCGUGGGGACGUACGCCAACAUCGCCUACAUCCACCCGGACACGCCGCUCAUCACGGCGCUGUCCGUCUUCACGCACCGCCGCGUCUCCGCCCUGCCCGUCGUCGACCACCACGGCAAGGUGGUCGACAUCUACUCCAAGUUUGACGUCAUCAACCUGGCAGCAGAGAAAACCUACAACAACCUGGACGUGACGGUCACUCAGGCGCUCAGACACCGGUCCCAGUACUUUGAAGGAGUCAUGAAGUGCAACAAACUGGAGACGCUGGAGACCAUCGUGGACCGCAUCGUCAAGGCUGAGGUCCACAGACUGGUUGUGGUGGAUGAGGAGUCUCGAAUCAUCGGGAUCGUCUCUCUGUCUGACAUCCUGCAGGCGCUGGUGUUAACCCCCGCAGGUCUGGGGAGGAAGGAGUCUCUGCCCUCUCAGCCCUCAGCCCUGGACUCAACUGGACCAGACACAGGAUGUAGACCUGAACCACACCAGGACCAGGAGAAAGACCAGGACCAAGAACUGGAGCCUUGUACGGAGACAGAGACAAAAAGCAAACCUGAGCCAGAUCAGGACCAGGACCAGGACCAAGGAGAGUCGGGCUGCAGGGACACUGAUGCUGCAGAGACCUGCCAACAGGGGGAGACAGAAGGGGAGGGAGAGGGGGAGACAGCAGAGACAGAUGGAGGAGAGAAACAGGAGGAGGAAGAGGAGGGAGGAGAGAAGGUGGGGGAGGAAGAGGAGACUGGUGAAGGAGCGAGGGAAGAGGAGGAGGAGGGGGAAGAUGGGACAAAGGGGGAGGAGGGAGGAGAAGUAGAGGAGGAGGGAGAGGAAGGAGUGAGGGAGGAGCAGGAGGAGGGGGAGGAUAGGACAAAGGGAGAGGAAGGAGGGAAAGUGAAGGAGGAAGAGGAGAAGGAGGGAGGAGCUGAAGAGGAGGCAGGAGAAGGAGGGGAGGAGGAGAGGGAGGAGGAGACGGGUGAAGGAGCGAGGGAGGAGGAGGACAGGAUAACAGGGGAGGAGGGAGGGAUGGUGGAGGAGGAGAAGGGGGAGGAAGCAGAGGAGAGGACAGGAGGAGGAAGUGGUGAAGGAGAAGAAGAAGGAAAGGAGGAAGAGGAGAAGGAGGGAGGAGCUGAAGAGGAGGCAGGAGAAGGAGGGGAGGAGGAGAGGGAGGAGGAGACGGGUGGAGGAGAAGAGGGGGAGGCGGCGUGACGUCCUCACCCGGCGUCUCUCUGGACUUUGUCGCAACUCGAGUCGAGCCGCUCGGAGGAGGAGGGGGAGGGGCGUCAGGCUGACGUGUGAUUGGCUGGGGAGGCGGGAGGCUGUUUUUCAUUGGCCGUCAGUCGGAGGAGGAGUCGCUGCAGGACUGCGAUUGGCUCUGAUCAAUCAUGACGUCACAGCAGAGAGCAGGUAAACCACCUGAGCAGCUUCCUCUUCUGUUUGUCCUCAACAACUGAAACCACCAACCUGAACUCAGAGGCGACUCUUACUGUGAAAGGAGCUGUGGACGAGCUUCCUGUCGCUACAUAGCUAACGUUAGCAUUAGCAGCUGUUAACACUGGCUUUAGUUCUGUCACAUGCUAAUGACAGAUGGUCGUAAUUAACCAAUGACUGAUGAGCUGCUUUAACAGACGUGAAGAGAAACAGGUCAUUAUCAAUGAAGAGCCACGAAGACAUCAAACAGGAAGAAGACUCAGAAGUUUCAGAAUAAAACUGCUGUAAAAACAGGAUUUAUUCCACAAACAAUCACUUUUUAUUCUAUUUUAUUCUAUUUAAUCAUCAUCCAUCUCUGUGAGGUCACAGAGGGGGCGGGCCCAUCGGUGUCUCUGAUUGGUGGAGAGUUAGAAAUCAAUAAGUGCUGGUUCUCAUGUAAAGUUUGUUCAUAGAGGUGAAUUAUCUGAAGUUACUUUGGCGUCAAGUUUCCAGUGAAUCUGUACAAAUGUAGAUUUUCUCGUUGAUGUGUUUAAAGUUGUAGUUUCAGACCGAACCCAUCUCCUCCUCCACCUUCCUCUCCGGGGAUUCUGGGAGAUGGAGUGUGUGAAGGUGAAGGUGUGAUGCGUUCACUGUCAUCUCGUCAGUCUGCAGACGGGCUACAUUUCUAAACGUUGUGUAAAUGUUGCUGCUGAUGAAUCGAUGAAUAAAACAUCCUGAUGAUUUUCCUUUUUAAA